GCUGAGGAGGCUGGCAGUGAGGAGGAGAGUACCGGAGAGGAUGCUGGAUGCUGACACGGAGCUGCUGGCGUUUCACUUUCUGUCACACUAAAGCAGCUCGAAUCCUGACAGAAAGACAAGAAUAACAACAUAUCUGGGUGAACGCCAAAGGAUCGGGUGGAUGAUGAACAUGUCUGGCGGCCCCCCAGGGGAGGAGCUCACAGAUGAGGAGAAGGAGAUCAUCAACAGUGUCCUGGCUCGGGCGGCCAUGAUGGAGGCCAUGGAGCAUGAGAGGAUUGAGCGUCUCUCCAGUCGCCUGCAUAACAUCAAGAAGACGGCGUGUGGCGACGGACAGUCGCACUGUCUGCUGUGUGGAGCGUCUUUUGGACCGCAGGGGGUCACAGCUGUCCUCUGUGUGCAGUGUAAUAAACACAUGUGCAGCAAAUGUGGGAUUUCGAGCAACAGCAGGACGAGCCCUGUGUGGCUGUGCAGAAUCUGCAAUGAACAGCAAGAGGUGCAGAAGCGUUCAGGAGCUUGGUUCUUCAAGGGAAGAGUCCAGCAGGGUCUGCCUGCCCCCCUCCCUCUGUCCAGAUCUCAACAGUCCAGCACCAUGAACAGUUCUGGUCCAGGGGGAUCACAGGAACCUACAACACAUCAUCAGGAAUAUGAGCAGCAGCAGUCCUGUGGAUCAGAACAAUGGGAGCAGACAGCAACAACAACAACAACAACAGCUGACAGCUAUAAUGAGAGUCAGUCCUAUCCAGCAGCUGUAAUGAAGACUGAGAGACAUGUGUUAGCCUCCAAACCUCCUCGAGCAAACGCACAGCAGGUCACCCCCACCUCAGCUCCUGCCGCAGAUGUGAAAGAGACCGCGUCCCCUCCAGCUGUGGAGGAAAAAAGACAACCUGUUGUCUCCAGCUCCAUUUCAUCACAUGUUCCUGCAGCCAGGAUUAAUCCACCCGUCAACAACACCGCCCCCGCACGACCCCCACCCGAUCGAACAGAGGACGAGGACAACGACUACGACUCAGACGAUGCCACCACUCUGGGAUCUCUGGAGUUCAGUCUGCUUUACGAACAGGAGAACCACGCCCUUCACUGCUGUAUCGUUAAAGCCAAGGGUUUAAAGCCGAUGGACUCAAACGGACUCGCUGACCCGUAUGUGAAGCUGCACCUCUUACCUGGAGCCAGUAAGUCUAACAAGCUUCGCACCAAGACACUAAAAACCACUCUGAAUCCUGUGUGGAAUGAGACUCUGGUCUACCACGGUAUCACUGAUGAUGAAAUGUCACGCAAAACUCUCCGGCUUUCGGUGAGUGACGAGGACAAGUUCGGACACAAUGAAUUCAUCGGAGAGACGCGCGUUGCUCUGAAGAAACUAAAGUUCAAUCAGAAGAAGAACUUCAAUGUUUGCUUAGAGCGAGUGAUCCCGGUGAAGAAAGCUGUGGGAGGACCAUCCCGUGGCAUGGCUCUCUACGAGGAUGACAUGAAUGAAGGUGAGGAUUCAGAGGAGAGGGGUCGUAUCCUGGUGUCACUGACGUACAACAGCCAGCAGGGUCGUCUGAUGGUGGGCGUGGUCCGCUGUGCUCAUCUGGCUGCCAUGGACUCCAACGGAUACUCCGACCCAUUUGUCAAAGUAUGUCUGAAGCCUGAUAUGGGGAAGAAAGCUAAAAACAAGACACAGAUAAAAAAGAAGACCCUCAAUCCAGAAUUUAACGAGGAGUUCGGUUACGAAAUAAAACAUGGUGAGCUAGCCAAGAAAACCCUCGACAUCUCAGUCUGGGACUAUGACAUGGGAAAAUCCAAUGAUUUCAUUGGAGGAUGUCAGUUGGGCAUCCAGGCCAAAGGAGAGUGUUUGAAGCACUGGUACGAAUGCCUCAAGAACAAAGACAAGAAGAUUGAGCGCUGGCAUGUUCUGCUAAAUGACAACACUGUCCAGUUUGAGGAUUAAAGCGUCUUCCCACUCGUCUAGAUGUAUUUUCUUUCUCUAUCAUUCCCCCCUGUAGAAUAUUGUUUUCCUGUGAGCACAGGUGGACGGAUAUUACCCUCUUGCUUUUAUGUAGUUUGUUGUGCAAUGUGCAGGCUACAUUUCAGUUUUCAGGUGACCAACAUGGAUGUUGACCUCUGGGCUUUUUUUUAAAAUAAGGCUCUACCACUAAACAUAACUUUUCACUGCAAUUAUAUCAUAAACUGUAAUAAAUAAACCUUACCUGACAUGCGGUAAUGAUUGAACAGAGCGAUUAUCAUAUUUUAUGGUGACGAUGAAACCCUUGUAAUCAUUAUUGCCUUUGAACCAGUUAUGUUGUAAUGAAGUGUCCACCCUCCAGGGGAUUCCCACGUUUCUGACCUGUUUAUGUUGAUCUGUGUUCCUGUCAUAUGGGAUCAUGUAAUGUGAUAACAGCAAGUGCUUGCAUCACCAAAACACUCAUUGUGUUAAUGCAUCGUGCUUAUGUUAAAUAUUAAAUAGGACACUUAACAGAUGUUUGCCUCCAAAAAUGAUGUAAACGAACUAACUUUUUGUUGGUGUUGAUGUGAAAUCUAUUCUUUUUUUGACACAGAUAACGUGUUGGUUUCAUUAUCACCUUCACUUUGUGCAUGUGUGAGCUCCCUUUGAAGACGUCCCAAAAUGCUUCUGCAUGAUAGUUUAUUAUGAAGAACAAAUUUGAUUACACAACGUAAGCACAUUUACAGAAAAUCUAUGAAAUAUUCCUCCAGAUAUAUAUUUGAUUGAUGAAUUUAAAUCUGAAGUGUUUUGAGAUACAUAAUGAUCAUUUUGCUCUCUGUAUUCAUGUUGAUGCAUGCCAUAUUGUAGCAUACACGUGGCUAAUAAAUAAAAACAUCAUGGCACUUCC